GCGGCGGCGGCGUGGAAGGGUUCUCUGGCAGUGGCGGCGAGUGGCGACGACCGGUACGGCGAACGCUGUAACGGCCGUACGGGACGACUGGUUCGCCUUCGACCUAUCACGCUUGCCAGCUCGCACGCGCGCUCGUUCGACGACUCUCUCCGCCGUCCAGUGCCCCGUCGUCGUCUUCGUCUUCUUUAUUAUUAUUAUCGUUUCAUUCCGAACCAGUUCACGCCGCCGCCGCCGCUCGACGACGACCGAAUCGUCCGUGUUGUUUUAUUUCGACACACACACGCCGUAUAAUACAAGUAAAGCGCGAUUCACACUGGUACGACACGACACGACACGACACGACACAUACGACACACAAAAAUUUUGUACAAUUCACACACGACCGACAAAAAACGACAGACACGUACUCAGUUGAUUCCAAUUUUCGUGUCGAACGGUCGGAAAUUGCUCCCAACAUGUUUAAAAAUUUAAACUUUGAAGAUUUGGCAGUGAUGGCGUUAUUACUGGACGCCGACGAGCAGGAAAAUAUUGACCGAGCGGUAGUCAAAAAACGAUCUAUUUGGGUUCACGACAUUUUAAAAAAAAGAAAAGUUGAAGGAGAACAUGCAACUUUGUGUAAAGAGUUGGAAGACUAUGAAGACAAAUUUUUCAAAUAUUUUCGAAUGUCAAAGUACCAAUUUAAUGUUCUACUUUUAAAAAUUGAGAGCAAUAUUUCCAAACAAAAUACACACUUUCGAGAAGCAAUACCUCCAAAACAAAAAUUAGCUGUUUGCUUGAGGUUCUUAGGAACAGGUGACUCUUACCAAUCGAUUGCUUUCAGUUUUAGAUUGGGGCAUUCAACAGUGCAGUCAAUUGUAUUGGAAGUAUGCAGUGCAAUAAUCUCUAAAUUAAAGGAGGAGUAUCUUUCAAUUCCCAGUGAAGAAGAUUGGAAGCGAAUCGCUAAAGAAUUUUGGGAUAUUUGGAAUUUCCCAAAUUGCAUAGGCGCAUUAGACGGAAAACAUGUGGUAAUCGAUGCUCCUCCUAAUAGUGGAACACUCUACUAUAACUACAAAAAAACUUUCUCGAUAGUAUUACUUGCUCUUGUGGAUGCUCAAUAUAAAUUUUUAGCAGUCGAUAUAGGAGCAUACGGAAAAAAUAGUGACGGAGGAAUUCUAUCGAAUUCAAAUUUAGGAAAAUCUUUAGAAAGAAAUAAAUUAAAUAUUCCGAAUGACCAAUACCUUCCAGAUACUAAUGAAAAAUUGCCCCUAGUUAUAAUAGGAGACGAGGGUUUUCCACUAAAAAAAUAUUUAUUAAGACCUUACCCAGGACCGCAAAUGUAUAAAGACCAGAAGAAAAAAAACUUUAAUGAUCGACUUUCCAGAGCACGUAAAGUUGUUGAGGACGCUUUUGGUCAACUUACAGCCAAGUUUCGAAUUUAUUGUAGAAGGCUGAAUGCAUUACCACGAAAUGCUGAUACCAUAGUGAUGACAACUUGCAUACUACACAAUUUUAUUAAAACGGGUUCCACCGAGGUUCAUAGUAAAGAAAUUUCAUCAAGUUUACCUUUACCUGAACAUAUUACACGAUUACAUCGACAUGGGGGAAGUGCUCAAAAAGAAGCUUUUGAAAAUCGUGAUAAAUUCAAAAAUUUUUUGUGUUCCCCAGCAGGAAAACUUCCUUGGGAAUGAAUAAAAAUACUUCAGA